AUGUGCAAGCCGAUAAUCUCCCACCUUUCAUUUGCUGACGACAUCAUGGUUUUCUUGAAAGGGGAUUUGCAGUCGCUUCGUGAGAUUAAGAAAGUGUUAGAUACCUUUGGCAAGCAUUCUGGCCUCCGCAUCAACGAAUCAAAAACGGAGUUGUUCCUUUUAGGAUUUGCUGAUAAUCUAGCAAAUGAAAUCUGCUCAACUGUAGAGUUCAACAAGGGUACCUUACCGGUGAGGAAUGCUACUGUAUGGGAAGCAACAAGAGGUGACGCAUGGAAUCUACCAGGAGCAAGGUCGGACCGAAUCCAGGAGCUGCACACAUUAUUGGCUAGAACACAGCCACCUACUGCUGACCAAGGGCCAGAUUUAGUACUCUGGAAGCAUGGUGACAAUGACUUCAAGCCUACCUUCAAAUCGUCAACCACUUGGAACCAAAUUCCGACACCCAAACCGGCGGUCCAAUGGUAUUCACUUGUUUGGUUUCAACACUAUGUUCCUCGCUAUGCCUUUGUUCAAUGGCAAGCGAUGCACAACCGACUUCCGACGAAAGACCACCUCAACUGUUGGGGUGUCAUAUCAGAUACCUCAUGCAACCUUUGUGGAGGGGAAGAGGAAAUACAUCAACACCUCUUCUUCAAAUGCUCCUACAACAAGCAACUAUGGAGUUUCUUUGGCUCUUACUGUUGGCCUAACCCACCGGAGGACCUACAAAGUUGCCUAUCAUGGAUAGACAAUCCGAGCAACGACUUUGCAAGGAACAUGAAGACAAUCAGCAGGCUGAUCGCUCAAACUGCAGUUUACGAGUUGUGGAAGGAGAGAAACCACCGCAUUUUCCGCAACCGUCCAUAA